AACAAAUUAAAGCAACAGAACAGAUCAGUUAUAUUUAUACAACAGAAAUUAUGUUGUUGUCGACAUUUGUAUUCCUGCUUAUUUUGACAUUGAUUUACAAAAUAUGGGCGUAUCAUAAUCAUUGGAAAUAUGUAAUGAAAAUCCCGGGAGUUAGGGAGCUACCGAUUAUAGGAAAUAUGCUGGAACUUCCAACGGACCCUGUGAAAUUAUUCAAAUAUGAUAGAUGGAGAGCGAAACAUUUAUAUCCCAUUCAUAGACUGUGGAGCUUUCAUGAUUACUACAUUUCUAUACUGGGUCCCGAAGAUACAGAACUAAUAUUGGCUAAUCCCGUUCACAAUAAUAAAAGCCAGCUUUACAAAUUUUUACAAAGCUGGAUGGGAACUGGAUUGAUUACCAGUAACGGUAGCAAAUGGCAUAAGCGAAGAAAAAUUCUCACACCGGCUUUCCAUUUCAACAUCCUGCAACAAUUCGUAGAUAUUUUUAACAAAGAAACUGAGGAGCUUACCAAACAUUUACUUGAAUUGACCGUUCAAGAUUAUGUAAUAGAUAUAAUCAAACCCAUAACUAAUUAUACUCUAAGUUCAAUGGGAGAAACAUCAUUAGGGGUAAAUUUACGUGAUAAAAAUUGUGACGUUUACAAAGAUGCUGUACAUCAAAGCGGUGAGGUAUUAGCUAAUCGAAUUGUAAAACCUAUCCUUUUUCCGGACAUCAUUUUUAUGAUGACCUCUUCGUAUUGGAAACUAAGAAAAAUGGUUAAAAUUCUACAUACGUUCUCUACGAAAAUAAUAGAAGAGAGAAAAACGUUAAAAACCGUUGAUACUGAUGGUAACUUUUCGUAUUCGAAGAGAAAACGAUUGGCAUUACUGGAUUUGAUGUUAGAAGCCAAAUCUGCCGGUGAAGAUAUUGACGACGAGGGUAUAAGGGAAGAAGUCGAUACAUUUAUGUUUGCGGGUCAUGACACAUCGGCAGUAGCUCUUUGUCACAUGCUAGUUAUAUUAGCAAAUGAACCUAAAUAUCAGGAAGAAGUAUAUGAAGAGAUAAUAUCCAUAGUAGGCGAUAAUCAGUAUCCCAAUUUGCAGCAAUUAGGAGAACUUAAAUUUACAGAAAGAUGCAUAAAGGAAUGUCUCAGAUUGUAUCCUAGCGUACAUUUCAUAUCCAGAGUUGCCGGAGAAACGUUUAAAUCUCACAGUGGAUAUACAAUUCCGAAAGGAUCUGUAUUGAAUUUGUAUAUUUAUGAUUUACACCGUAGUCCAGAAGUUUGGGAAGAUCCGGAGAAAUUUGAUCCUGAUAGAUUUCUUCCUGAAAACAUAUCUAAACGGAACCCAUUCGCUUACGUUCCUUUCAGUGCUGGAAGCAGAAAUUGCAUAGGACAAAAAUUUGCUAUGUUGGAAUUGAAAGCGGCACUGUGUGGAAUUCUGAGGAAAUUUCGCCUAGUGGAAGUAGAUAAACGCGAAAAUUUAGUACAUAAAUGCGAUUUGGUACUAAGACCAGUCGGAGAAGUUCGUGUUAAAUUUGUUCCUAGAUUAAAACAACAAUAUUUAAUACUACUCGCAAUAUUUUCAAUUUCGUUCUUGAUAUUUUAUUUGUGGAGGAGAAAACGAUAUGAGGAACUUUGGAAAUAUAUCGAGGCUAUACCAGGACCAAAAGAAUAUCCUAUUAUUGGAACGAACUAUAGCAUGCAUCAUACAGCAGAAACUUUAUUCAUUCGGGAACGAAACCUAACUAAGGAAUUUUUUCCUCUAUACAGAUUAUGGACAUUAAAUGAAGCAGUAGUUACUGUAUUUACUCCAGAAGAUGUUGAAUCGGUGUUGGCUAAUACUAAACACAAUAAAAAGGGCAAAUUAUAUACUUUCCUUCAAGCUUGGCUUGGAACUGGACUUUUGACUAGUGGAGGUGACAAAUGGUUUAAAAGAAGGAAAAUUCUAACCCCGGCUUUCCAUUUUAAUAUAUUACAAGAAUUUGUGGAAAUGUUAAAUACAGAAACAGACGUUCUUGUAAAAAAUAUUGAAAAAUUGUGUGAUUCCCCACAUAUCGAAAUUACAAAAUUGAUUACAGAUUUCACAUUAAAUUCAAUAGGAGAAACUUCCCUUGGUUUACCUCUCCGACAAGAUCCGAAUUGUAAUCAAUACAAACAAUCUGUAUACGAUUACGGUGAACAAUUGGCGUACAGAAUCGUACGUCCGUGGUUGUGGGUUCCUUUCAUAUUUCAACUAUCAUCUUUAGGUAAAAAAAACAGAGCAACAGUGAAAAUUUUACAUUCUUUUUCAACGAACGUUAUUCGCAAACGAGAGAAAAAUUUCAAUUCCGAAGCAAUCAGUUAUUCAGGUAGAAAAAAAUUGGCUCUUCUUGAUAUUCUUCUGAAAGCGAGACACGAUGGUGCCGAUAUUGACGAAGAAGGUAUAAGAGAAGAACUAGAUACAUUCAUUUUCGAGGGUCACGAUACAACUUCAGUUUCAUUAUGUUAUACCUUGGUCGCAUUAGCUAAUGAGCAAGAUAUACAAGAAGAAAUCUAUCAAGAAAUUUUAUCGGUUGUAGGCGAUUCGAAUGCGCCAUCUUUUCAAGAACUCGGCGAACUAAAAUUUAUGGAAAGAUGCAUAAAAGAAAGUUUGAGAUUAUAUCCAAGUGUGCCAUUAAUAUCUAGAAAUGCAGGUGAAAACAUUCUAACAAAAAGUGGUUAUGUCAUUCCAAAAGGAUGCGAUGUAAAUAUUUACAUAUAUGACCUGCACCGUAUUCCUGAAAUAUGGGAAAAUCCUGAAAAAUUCGAUCCUGAUCGGUUUUUACCUGAGAAUGUUUCUAAAAGACAUCCUUUUGCUUAUGUUCCUUUCAGUGCAGGAAGCAGAAAUUGCAUAGGCCAAAGAUUUGCCAUGUUGGAAUUAAAAGCGGCGAUUUGUGGAAUAUUGAGAAAAUUCAAAUUACAGCCAGUAACAAGACCAGAAGAAAUUAUUUAUAAAGCUGACAUGAUUUUAAGGUCGAGCUCAGAACUCAAUGUUAAGUUCGUGCGGAGAAAGUGAAUAAUAUUCCAUG